AUGAGGCAAUCCGGUAUAAUACUGUUAACAGUGCUCGUUGUUCAGGCGUAUUCAGCUCCGCAGUUUAUUACCUUCAGUGAGGGUAAAUUGGGGGUCAAUUUCGGUGGAUAUCAUGCUGGAGUCGGCCUCGGAGGGUUGGCUGGUGGAAAAGGAAACACAGCUGGUGGACUCUAUGCUGAAGCUGGAACUCCUUUUGGACCAGCGGCUAAGGCUGGAUUAGGUGGAGCCGUCGAUGGCAGCAGUGGCACGGCUGGUGGAUUAUAUGCCGGUGCUACUGCAGGAGGAAAUGUGAAUGCCGCAGCUGGUCUUGGAGGCGCAGUGGCCGGAGGAAAAGCAGUCGGUGGAGGGUAUUCAACAGCUCAAUCAGGAGGCCAUUCAGCGACAUCGGUCCUGGGUGGCGAAUCAGGCGCCUCAGGAUCAGCUGGAUUCUCAGUUUCAGCCCACAAAUCUGUUGAAGUACCAGUCACAGUCGUAAAAGAAACUGAAGUUUCUGUAAUUCCCGUGGAAGAAGUCAAAACUGUACACAAGAAUGUUUAUGGAGAAACCAAAUAUGAGGCUUCUAAUGAAAUAACUCCAGUAGCUAAGGCUGCUGUUGAAGCAACAGCUAACGUAAAUGUAAAUGCCCAGCAAGGGUUUGCAAAAGAAGUGAGUAAAUGGAAACGUCCGUACUAUAGUACCCCUAUAAUUCCACCAGUAUUUUUUCAGAGUCUAUUUAGUUCUUUGUUGGGAAGUCCACAGAGAAGUUACACGCCACCAAUGUGGUUACCACCCCUAAAUUACAAUUUUAAACAGGUCCACGUAGAACCAACAGAAGUAGUGUAUGUACGCAAACACAAGCCACACAGGCACCACGUGCACAAAGCAGUCUAUGUUGGUGGAUUCGUUGGUGCUGGUGGUGAAGUUGCAGCGCCAGAAACCAAAACAGUCUACAAAACUGUCCAGCCUAUUGAAAAGAGAGUGGACGUUGAAGCACAUGCUGAAGCUCAUGGAGAAGCAGGAGCUGGCUAUAAUGGAGGAUACUACCAAUCACCCAAAGUUGCAACAGUCCAUAAAGAAGUGGUUGUCAAUGCAAAACCUAGUACUUUCUUCCAGGACAUUUUCAAUAUUCCCAUUUCGACGUUAAAGGCAGUUAGUGGAUUUUUAACUAAUACUGCAGAAAAUACCGGUGUGUCAGUACAAAAGUCAGCCACGUUCAAAGCAGGUGGUUACUCGGGUUUCUCCGGAAAUGCUGGAUAUUCAGGCCAUUCUGGUUACUCCAGUUAUUAUUAA